GGUGAGACCUUGAAUUUCAAUAUUAAUUAGCCAAUAAAAAGUCGAGGAUAAGUCUAUGAAUAAUAUUCCAAUUCGUAAAUUACAUAACACCCGCGGUUGUGUAAUUAGUUUCUUGCGCAUAGUUUGGCGCAGAAGGGAAGUGGCUGCCUGUGAAACUUGUCUAGUUGGUCGGCCAUCCUGUUCAAGUUCGACCAUGUUGGGUGCUGUGGCUAGAGCAAGUUCAAGCCUUUUGGCUGGAAAAACCAUCGAAAAAGUUGGAUUGGAAUCCAUCAAAGUAGCCUCCACCUACAAUGUAUCCAACAGGGGUUUAGCUGCUAAAGCAGCAGCUAGUGGCAAAAGCAAUGGUAGAGUAGUAGCAGUUAUUGGUGCUGUAGUUGAUGUACAAUUUGAUGAAGACCUUCCACCCAUUCUCAAUGCCUUGGAAGUACAAAACCGUACCCCCAGGCUGGUACUGGAGGUUGCCCAGCACUUGGGUGAAAACACUGUACGUACCAUUGCUAUGGAUGGUACUGAGGGUAUUGUCCGUGGGCAACAGGUAAAUGACACUGGGUACCCCAUCCGUAUCCCUGUGGGUGUGGAAACUUUGGGACGUAUCAUGAAUGUCAUUGGAGAGCCCAUUGAUGAGAGGGGCCCCAUCAACACUGACAAAUUGGCCUCCAUCCAUGCUGAGGCUCCUGAGUUUGUGGACAUGAGUGUGGAACAGGAAAUUCUGGUGACUGGUAUCAAGGUUGUAGAUCUUUUGGCUCCCUACGCCAAGGGAGGUAAGAUCGGCCUGUUCGGCGGUGCCGGUGUAGGCAAAACUGUACUCAUCAUGGAGCUGAUCAACAACGUCGCCAAAGCCCAUGGUGGUUACUCUGUGUUCGCCGGUGUGGGGGAACGUACCCGUGAAGGUAACGACUUGUACCACGAGAUGAUCGAAUCCGGCGUGAUAUCGCUGAAGGACAAGACGUCGAAGGUGGCGUUGGUGUACGGCCAGAUGAACGAACCGCCAGGCGCCAGAGCCAGGGUGGCCUUGACCGGUCUGACAGUGGCAGAGUACUUCCGUGACCAGGAGGGGCAGGACGUAUUGCUCUUCAUCGACAACAUUUUCAGAUUCACGCAAGCCGGUUCGGAGGUGUCCGCCCUGUUGGGUCGAAUCCCCUCGGCCGUAGGUUACCAACCCACCCUGGCCACCGACAUGGGUAGCAUGCAGGAGCGUAUCACCACCACCAAGAAGGGCUCCAUCACGUCCGUGCAGGCCAUCUAUGUGCCCGCUGAUGAUUUGACAGAUCCCGCACCUGCCACCACGUUCGCCCAUUUGGACGCUACCACGGUGUUGUCGAGGGCGAUCGCCGAAUUGGGUAUCUACCCCGCUGUGGACCCCCUAGAUUCCACGUCUCGUAUCAUGGACCCCAACAUCAUCGGCGCUGAACACUACCAGGUGGCUCGUGAUGUACAGAAAAUCCUACAGGACUACAAAUCUCUGCAGGACAUCAUCGCCAUCUUGGGUAUGGACGAACUUUCUGAAGACGACAAACUGACCGUGUCACGUGCCCGUAAGAUCCAACGUUUCCUGUCGCAACCCUUCCAGGUGGCCGAAGUCUUCACCGGUCAUCCCGGAAAACUUGUACCACUCGCGGAAACCAUCAAGGGAUUCCAGAAGAUUCUCGCCGGAGACUAUGAUCACUUGCCCGAAGUGGCUUUCUACAUGGUCGGACCUAUCGAAGAGGUCGUACAAAAGGCGGAGAGACUAGCCGAAUCUUCUUGAAUUGAAUGAAUUUUCGUUUAUAUAUCACCACAGCUCCGAACUCGACAGAAUUAGAAAAGAGUGUCGCCAGAAAUUUUUUAUAUUCCAUUUUUAUUUGUCCGUUACAUCCGAGGUUCAAAUAUGUAUUUGUUGUAUUUACUUUUAAUUAUUGUGUAUAAUAAUAAACUAGACUGUUGAAAAUGG